AUGGAGAAUGUGGAGUCUUAUUUCUCGGUACCUCGCAUCGAGAGGAUGACCUCUCACCUGGAGAAAUCCAAAAGCUUUCGCAUCGAGGCGCUCCUGGCUCACCACGCGGACGGCGAUGGCGCGUCCCCGGAGGUGGCCUACAGCGGCAGCCCGCGGUCGCAGACGCCCUCCCCGAACGCCAGCCAGGCCCAGCCGGGGAUGACGCCCAACGCCGCUAUCUACAACUUUCCCCAGGCGGGAUUCGGCGGGGGGUUCCUGGGAAUGCACCCGAGGUCCGGGUACCCUUUGGCGGCUGUAGGCGUCCAGCCGCCCGCAUUCGUAUAUCCGGGCUUCCCGCAGCUGGUCCAGCCGUACCCGGGUUACUUAAAAGCGGGCAGCGUGCACCCGCUGGAGCCCUGGAUCAGAGCCGGGAUGAUGUUGCCCAGACUCGGAGACUAUGGAGCACCAGCCCAAGCCGGUUUGUUGGGGAAGUGCCGCAAGCCCAGGACAGCGUUCACCAGCCAGCAGCUGUUGGAGCUGGAAAACCAGUUCAAGCUCAACAAGUACCUGUCCCGACCCAAACGUUUUGAGGUGGCCACCUCACUCAUGCUGACAGAGACCCAGGUGAAAAUUUGGUUCCAGAACAGGCGGAUGAAGUGGAAGCGAAGCCGUAAGACCAAGGAGCAAGCCAACCCGGCGUCCCCACCAAGCGAUGGGGAAAGAGCGGACAGUGUGCAACUCCAGGCGGACUCUCCCAGGUCCAGCCUGGAGGAUGACGAUGAGCUGGAAGGCGAGGAAGAGGAUGAGGAUGCAAGUGUGCUGCCCGCUUCUCUGGGCUCCCUCUUGAAGGGUGCCGAAGGGGUCACAGAGAACUACAGGUCCUAUUUAGAAGAGGAGGAGGGAAGUUCAACAAGAAGCGGGGUUUUCCCGUAGUUCUGACAUCACUUUGGAGCGCUUGUGUUGGUAUCUUGCUCCGGAGAGGACAAUGAGCAGAUUUUAUUUAUCACAAGAUGGUGCUUCCUGGUUUGGUCCACAGGCCAGCCAUGCUAAUAUAUCAAACAUGAAGUAUUUUGGGAAACCUUAGCAUACUUAAAGAAACCUAAAAUAUUCAUUUUUUUUAGAUGGGUUCGUAUUUCAGGAAGAUGUAAAGAUACAUUUUAAAAUUAGCAUAUUUGA